UAGAAUGUCGAUCAUUGUCGAUUUUUACGCCAAUUCUCUUUAUAGAAGUACAAAGAAGUUUGAGAAAUUUGAGAAAGCAGUCAUCCUAACGAUCCUACAUUUAUCUUACAAAUCUCGUUAAUACCGCCAUCUCUACAUAUUAUAAAACUUACAUAAAAUUAUUAUAGCCAAGAGAAAUGGUGACAACUGCUUGUGAUCCUACAUUUGAGAGACAUUUUAAAGGUCAUAAAGAUGAAGUUACAGCUUUAUCCUUUCACCCAAAUGCUACUCAACUUGUGUCAAGUAGUCUAGAUAAAACAUUAUUGGUAUGGAAUUUAACAGAAUCAGUGCGAGCUUAUAGAUUUAUAGCCCAUAAAGAUGGUAUUUUGGAUGUAUGCUAUGCACCAUCUGGAGAAAUUAUAGCCAGUGCUUCAAAAGACAGAUCUGUAAGAAUAUGGGUUCCUAAAGUUACAGGACAAUCAUUAGAUUUUAAAGCUCACAGUUCUGCUGUAAGAUCGGUACAAUUUAGUCCAGAUGGAGAAAAGUUGCUUACUGCAUCAGAUGAUAAAAGUAUAAAGCUAUGGAUGGUAUGUCAAAGAAGAUUCCUCAUGUCUUUUAACGGACAUACAAAUUGGGUUCGAUGUGCUAAAUUUUCUCUUGAUGGUAGACUUUUAGUAUCUUGUAGCGAUGAUAAGUCAAUAAAAGUAUGGGACAUUAUUUCUGGACAAUGUAUUAGAACUUUUAAUGAAAUAAAAGCACCUGCUGCAUAUGUAGAGUUCCAUCCAAGCAGUGGAGCUAUUGGAUCAGCAAAUGUGGGUGCAUGUAUCAAACUAUAUGACUUGAAAACAGGCUCUUUGUAUCAACAUUAUGCUGCCCAUAAAGGAUCUGUAAACAUGAUCAAAUUCCAUCCAAAGGGUAACUUUAUAUUAACAGCUUCUAGCGAUUCUACAAUGAAGGUUUUAGAUUUAUUAGAGGGCCGACCAAUUUAUACUUUGAAGGGACAUGUUGGUAAUGUAACAUCGAUAACAUUUUCACAAGAUGGUGAUUUUUUCGCUUCUGGUGGCAUAGAUCGACAAAUCCUAAUGUGGAAAUCUAAUUUUUGUAAAGAUGACAAACCGAGCAAAAUCACUAGACAAUUAAUAUCUUCUUCCAGCAAACGAGAAUUUAACAAUAUAGAUAAAAAAUCAUUUGCAAGUAAUGAUGAACAAAAAGAUAUGCAAGAGGAGCAUAAUCAAGAGGAAUACUUAUUAAAAACAUUAGAAGAAUUGGAUUUGGAAUCAAAUGGAAAUCAUUGUAAAGGACCCAUUGCUGAAGUACCAAAGAAAAGAAUUGAACCUGAAGUAAUUGAUACAAGAAAUAUUAAACCUUCUGAAAGACGUCGUAUAGCAAAUAUUUUAGUUCCGCAAGAUCAAAUAUCAGCCGAUAUGCAUUCAUCUAGUCAAUCUAUUAAAGCAGUAGAAGCACUUUGUGAUCAAGUACAAUCGUUACACGAAACUGUUAAUAUUCUGGAACAACGAUUGACAAUAUUAGAAGAGGCAGUUAGAAAGUAAUUUUGAUUUUUCCAUUUUAA